GUGCGGUCGCCGCUCCAAUAACGUCCGGCCGCCGCGCCAGACUUCCGGGGGGCGGGGCAAGAUGGCGGCAGUAACGGCCUUACCGGUCUCCCUCUCGGCCAGGUUUAAGGGAUCCUUUGCAUACUUUACAGUUAAAGACCGACUACCCCAGAUCCUCACAAAAGCUAUUGACACUCUGCAUCGACACAAAAAUGAGUUCUUUGAAGAACAUGGUGAGAAGGGUGUUGAAGCAGAGAAGAGAGCUAUAUCCUUCCUUUCCAAAUUACGGAAUGAACUGCAAACAGACAAACCUGUGACUCCCCUAGAAGAUGAGCUGCCUGAUGCUGCCCUGUGGAACCAAUACCUAGACUACCAACGUAAUCUAUUAAAUGGAAACGGAGAACCAAGUUGGUUUCAGUCCCCUUGGUUGUUUGUAGAGUGUUACAUGUAUCGAAGAAUUCAUGCAGCAUUAGCACAGAACCCACCUAUUGGCAGCUUUGAUGUAUUUAAGGAAGGAAAGGCUCAAAAUUUCUUUGAAUCCCAAGAGGCUAUUAUUGCUUUAUGCACUUACUUCCAGGAACUUCUUAAAAACAUCAAGGAUUUAGAUGAAAAGCAACUUCAGGGGGAACUUUUUAAACUACUGCAGGUGUCACUGUGGGGCAAUAAGUGUGACCUUUCUUUUUCAGCCGGUGAGAAAAGCUCUCAGAAAUCUAGUCCUUUACAAUGCCUGGAAGACAUGGUACCUUACAUCAUAGUGAAUGAUAUGGAAAAACUUUGGUCACUACUUAUAAAUGCCAAAAAAAGGAAUACAGAUAAGUGUACUGUUAGAGUUGACGUAAUCUUGGAUAAUGCUGGAUUUGAGCUUGUAAGUGAUCUUGUGUUGACUGACUUCUUGUUGUCAUCAAAGCUGGCCGAUGAAGUCCAUUUCCAUGGAAAAAGUAUUCCGUGGUACGUGUCAGAUACAACAAAGAAUGAUUUUAACUGGACUAUUAAACAGCUCCAGUCAGCUAAUCAUAUGUGGAUGUCUAGAUGUGGGAUAAACUGGGAGGGCAACUUGAAAAAGGGCGUUUGGGUUUACCAAGAUCACAUGUUUUGGACUUUGCCACAUAUCUAUUCCAGCAUGGCCGAGGUUGCUCCUGAUUUGUAUGCUGAUCUACAGAAGUCAAAUUUGCUUCUUUUUAAAGGUGAUCUAAACUACAGAAAAUUAACAGGUGAUAGAAAAUGGGAGUAUACUGUGCCAUUUCAUCAGGCCUUGAACAAGUUUCAUCCUGCACCUCUCUGUAGUUUAAGAACGCUGAAAUCGGACACUCAGGUUGGCCUGAAGCCUGGGCAGGGUGAACAAAUCCAGGCUUCUGAACCGGAAUGGAUGAUAAGUGGCAAAUAUGGGAUAGUUCAGUUUGAUGCUACUCCCUGAUUCCAGUUAAACGGUUCCUAAAACUCAACAGCCAGAUGUAGAAGAGUUGUGACUGUUUUCUUUGUUUGGCUUAAGCAGUGAUUUUUUUUGUUUGCCCUUUUUUCCAAAUAAUUUGUUGUUCCUUAAGACUUUGAUGUUCCAUACAAAUUUCUGAGCUGACUUCGUAUGCAUAAAUCGCUCUGCAUUUCAAUAUAUACUUUUUUCUAACGUAAGUGGCUGAUGUCUAAGAUGAAUAUGGCUGUUAUUUUUUUGUCCCCUCAUCUGUGGGUGUGAGAGUUUAUGCCCAAGAAGUGAAAAAUCUACUUCAGAAACCAUUUCCUCAAUCACAUCUAAGCAUGUAUUUACUUACUUCAGGAUAAUUUGUUCUCUAUGUGCCACACAUUGCAUGGAAGUUAAUAUUUUAGCAAGUACAUAAAUAAAUUCUUUUGAAUGUGGUCA